ACCUAUAUCUCGCUCUUUUUUCCAUUUCUUCUGUUUUCUACAACACAAUCCCAAAUGUCCCUGUAUUGUAAACCGGUGAGCCGUCCCUGCUCGCCCACAUCACCCACACGCACGCUAAGCGAUACGGAUAUUCACGAUGACCUACUGGAUCCUCACGAUUUCUUACACCCGUUGUUUUCCGAAUUUAAUCCACUCGACGCAUCGCCCAUGUAUCAACACGAUAUUCCGUCUCCCUAUUCAUCCUCUCUCAGCGCUCACGAUUCUUCCUCAUCUGCCGCUUCACCUUCACCGAAAAGCCAAUUCGAACCUUUGACCACAAAAGCUUACGCUCUCUCAAACAAUCAUGACAAUACAAAGACCGCCAGUCUUGCUGAUAACUAUCUCUUUUUAACCGAUUAUUUGGUACCAGAAACAGACAAUAUAUUAUUAACAGACCGUCCACCCAGCCGUAGAAUGGAAGACACAUUAGACAGACCAUUACAAAUUAGGGUGCUGGGCGUUCCUAACACAGGUGCCAAGUCACGCGUAGAAACUCAAAUCAAAUUAUGUAUUCAACUGCUUACUGCCAAGGGCACCAAAGUAUCCUGUUGGUCCUAUCUCAAGUUACCAGAAGAAUUGCUUGCAAAAUCAAGAUUACGAAAAAACCAACAGCAGCAAAGAGUCCUCGACGGUUCAGUCGCUAGUAUGAUUUCCGAUGAAUCCAAGGUCUUAUCUUUGGAAGCUCGCGUUGUCUGUGCAAGCGACCCCGAUAAAACGAUUCGAAUGUGUGCAGGCUGUGUUCGUCGUGAGGUAUGUUUUUGCCUUUUUUAGACCUCAAAAUGAAAGAAAGUUGUCAAUACAAAUCUGUCUUGAUUUUUGUUUUUU